UGUGUGUGUGUGUGUGUGUGUGUGUGUGUGUGUGUGUGUGACUGUGUGCAUCAUCACCUCCAGGUGUGUCUGAGGGAGGGACACAGAGAGACAGGAGGGGUCUGACAGGAGGGUAUGAGUUGGGCUGCAGGUUUCUCUGCCUUGCCCAAUCUGUUGGUGAAAACAUUUCUUUCUCUCCCGGUGACUUCAGACCUCAGAGACUCCCAUCGCCUCCCACUCGUCCUUUAUCUGGUCCUCUUCCUGUUACCUCGGGUCGGCAGAGGUAUGGGAACAUCGUCGGGAUAGGAGGCGCGUUAAGCGGCCGUUUAUUGCGACGCGUCCAGCCAAAUUUUAAUCAAGACUUUUAGAGGCGUUUACUCUCACAUCCCAAAGGAGAAAAAAAAGAGGAGAAUAUAUCUUAAGGAAAAAAAGAGUGUAUCAAAAGGACACUUAAAAGGAAGGACUAAAUCCCCCCGCCCCAGUGGAUUCCUCCAAAUGAAGAUGGCUUUUUUACCAGAGAAGCACAAAUCCCUUUUCCCCAUCCUUCCCCUCCUCCUCCUCUUCUAUGUCCCUCUCACAUGUCUAUGCCAGUCAACCAACAGCAGCUCAAUCAAUGCCACAACCAACCAUCCAACCACUUCCUCAAAUGGUACUUCCCUGAAGGGAGUGCCAGGCUGCGGCACAGAUCUGAACCCCAUCUACAGGUACCUGUGUGACCGCCGGGCAGCGUGGGGUAUUGUUGUGGAGACCCUGGCCACUUCAGGCUUCCUGUUCAGCAUUGGUCUCCUCCUAGCCCUGCUGCUCUGGUCCCUGUGUAUCUGUAUCUCAUCGAGGAACCAGCGCAGCAGCAUCGGAGCCACCGUGGCCUGCAUGUCCAUGUACCUGUUGGCCACAGCUGGGAUCUUUGCCAUCGCCUUCUCCUUCAUCAUCCGCCUCACCCCUCAGACCUGCCCCACCAGGGUCUUCCUCUUCAGCGUGCUCUUCUCCCUGGCUUUCUCCUGCCUGCUGGCCCGCUGCCUCGCUCUGCUGGGCUUCGCAGCGGCGCGGGGCUGGGGGGAGCCCGCCAUGGCGCUGGGGCUCUCCACCGUGCAGGUUAUCAUCUCUACCCAGUGGCUGAUUGUAGUGUUGGUCCGGGACAAUAAACCAUGCGAGUACAGCCAGGAGGAAUUUGUCAUGCUGCAGAUCUACGUGCUGUGCCUCCUGGCUAUCGGCCUGAUCCUCGCCCUGCACUUCCUGCACCGCUCCUGCUUCACGUACAGCUACAGCUACACGGGGGCCCUCCGCCAGCAGAGCCAAACACAGGCCGCGCUGCUCUGCCUCACACUGUUGCUCUCCGCCUGCGUCUGGGUGGUGUGGAUCACCAUGCUCAUCAGGGGGAACCCAGCGGUGGGCCACCGGCCGCAGUGGGAUGACCCGGUGCUCAGCAUUGCCUUGGUGGCAAACGGCUGGGUGUUACUGAUGGGGCACGGGUUGGCCCAGAUGGCCUUCUUCUGCAGGGGGGAGGCCAGGUCCAAGGAUAUCCCUCUGAGCUUUGCAGGCUGGACCAGCCCCAGCGCUGAUAUACCAGGACUGGCCAGCCCGAAGGAAGGGAAAGAAAACGGAAGCUAUGAGAGUGAUAGUGAGAACAGGAGAGGCAGGAGGACAGAGAAAUCGCUGCGAUCGCCCUACGAGUCUGGAUUCGCCGUGACAAACAUCGACCACAACAAAGAUUACACCAUUCCUCGGCCGCAGACCACCAACUACACGGAACCCUAUGAGGAUUACUGAUUCACAUCAUUUUCACACACACACACACACACACACACACACACCACACACACACACACACACACACACACACACACACACACACACACACACAGAUAUAUACUUAAAAACACUAAAAAAUAACUAAAAUGAGCACAGUUGUGGAAUGUAACUAAGUACAUUUACUUAAGUACUGUCCUUAGGUACAAAUGAGGAAUUUACUUGAGUCUUUUCUUUUCGUGCCACUUUCUUCUACUCCGCUGCAUUUCAGAGGGAAAUACUUUUUCACUACAUUAAUCUGACAGCUUUAGUUACUAGUUACUUUACAAAUUAAGAUUGUUGCACACAAAACACAUGUAGUUUAUAAAAUACACUAUGUUUGUGUAUAAAUUAAACUACCCAGGCCUACAGCUGAAAUGAUUAGCUCAUUAAACACUUGGUUGACUGACACAACAGUUUGGAUCCUUUCCACUUACUAAAAUGUGAGGCUUUUUUUCCGCAUCGAGUACUUGUACUUUUAAUACUUUAAGUACAUUUUCCUGAUAAUACAUACUUUUACUUGUAACAGAGUAUUUUUACAGUGUGGUAUUAGUACUUUUACUUAAGUAAUGAUCUGAACACUUCUUCCACCGCUGAAUGAGGGAGACCCUAUUCAGGCACUAAUCUGUACACAAUCUGAAACCAAAAAAAGGUUUAAUUUUCUUGUGCAAAUGGAAAAUAUUUUCAUUUAGUGUUAUAAGAAAUGGGUUGGGGUUCAACUGGGCCAGCAGUAGGAUGUAACCUCCUCUAUCCUAAAAAGAAAGAAAGAAAGAAAGAGAGGAGCUUCAGUAGAGCGACUCACUGCUCGAUGUCUUCAUGGAGGCCGGAUGGCUUCAGACAGUCAAGCUUUCUUCUGGAGGGAAAUCCACAUCACAAAUGCUUAGUAGAAAAGAGAGAGAGAGAGAGAGAGAAGAAAGAAGAAGUGUGUGUGUGUGUGUGUGUGUGUUGCCCUAACACAGUAUAUAAUAGCACUGAGGUGAUAGAGGAGGAGUGAAACUGUCACUCUGAGAGUGCUAAACUGCUGAGCUGGAGCAGAGGCAGCAGAGAGGAGAGAGAGAGAGAGAGAGAGAGAGAGGAAAGGAGGAGAGGAAGGGAGACCAGAUGAGAUGAGACAAGACAGGAAGAGGGUAGAACACGAAACCUGUCAGCACCGUGGGAGGCUCGUGCCAUCACUGAUUAACAUCUCCAUAUUCAAAGUUACAUUACAGUGGCUGGCUUCUGUUGCUGCACUGAAGAAAAAAAAGAAACUGUGUUUUCUGUGUGUACAAGAUAUGUUUCUUUCCAGGAAUCCAUCCUCUAAUGACUUUCUACACAUGCUGGUGUUGUCAAUAAAAGGUUCAUCUAUAAAA